GAGGUAGUGCUGCGAGUAUCGUGUAGCAGGCUAGAUUGAUUACUUAGGAGUGUUAAAGGGAAAGCAAGCAGGCGAGCAGGCAGAUUUUUGUCUGGGACUCGAGUGAUUGUUGCCGGAGCUGCCUUUCCACUUGCUCUUUUUUUCCCCUCUCCAUCUCACUCUCCUCUCCUCUCUCUCUCUCUCUGACUCUUUCUGACUCUCCCUCUCUUUCUCUCCUUCUCUCGCACUUUGUCUCUCUCCACUCGGUGCCUUCCCGCUGUUGUCCAAGGCAGAGCAGGGUCAGAUGAAAGGCAAACGCUGGACUCGCCGGGGCAGACGGAUGUCUCAUCUAUCAGUGCCGCCAAAGGGGAGACGUGCAGGCGCACUCACUCACUCACACACACUCACACUCAGAGGAACAAAGAGGGGCUGUGUGUGUGUGUGUGUGUGUGUGUGUGUGUGUGUGUGUGCCUAAACCAGGAAGGGGGAGCAGAGCAGAGGAGAUGUGAUAGCACAAGGGUGAGGGGAGGACAUGCAAAGAGAGGCAGGAGGAGUAGAGGCAGGAGGAGGCAGGAGGAGUAGAGGCAGAUAGGUGGUCGUCCUCUUGUUGUCUCUGGACUCGGGUCUUCGUUUGAAAGUGGAAAGUCGACUCAAGUUCCCCACUCUGUUUUUGGCUGCUGGUGGGAUGAGUCGCUUGAGGAGGCACAAGCUGGAGGCUCCCUCUUUCUCUUUCUUUUCUUUUCUUCUCUCACUCUCUCAUUUGCUAUCGGUGUGUCCCUCCCAUCCCUCGCUCUUGCGCCACUCAAAGGGACUUCUACAGCUCAAGCCUCCUAUUCCUCCUCUGACAUGAAGGGCACAGGAAGCGGUCAUGUCUGCAGACUCCUUCGGAGCAGGUGGCAGCGAUGCCCAACAGAGCCUGCAGUCCUUCUGGCCCCGAGUCAUGGAGGAGAUCAGGAACCUCACUGUGAAGGAUUUUCGCGUGCAGGAGCUUCCAUUGGCCCGCAUUAAAAAAAUCAUGAAACUGGAUGAGGAUGUGAAGAUGAUUAGUGCAGAGGCUCCAGUUCUGUUUGCCAAAGCUGCCCAGAUCUUCAUCACAGAGCUCACCCUCAGAGCCUGGAUCCACACCGAGGACAACAAGAGGCGCACCCUACAAAGGAAUGAUAUCGCCAUGGCGAUCACCAAGUUCGACCAGUUUGACUUCCUCAUCGACAUCGUGCCCAGAGAUGACCUGAAGCCGCCUAAACGACAGGAGGAGGUGCGUCAGACGGUGUCGGCGGCCGAGCCGGUGCAGUACUACUUCACGCUGGCCCAGCAGCCGGGCACCGUGCAGGUCCAGGGCCAGCCGCAGGGCCAGCAGGCCACCACCCAAACCGCCACCACACUACAGCCCGGACAGAUCAUCAUCGCCCAGCCGCAACAGGGACAGGUGUUGCAGGGAACCACUAUGCAGCAGCUGCAGCAGGUGCAGGUAGCCCAGUCACAGAGCACACCCAUAACGAGUGCUCCGGUGACCAUGCAGGUGGGUGACCAGCAGGUGCAGAUCGUGCAGGCUGCGCAGGGCCAGCAGACGCAGGCAGCGCAGCCAGCCGGACAGACCAUGCAGGUCAUGCAGCAGAUAAUCACCAACACAGGAGAGAUCCAACAGAUACCGGUGCAGCUGAGCUCAGGUCAGCUCCAGUACAUCCGCCUGGCUCAGCCCGUGUCGGGCACGCAGGUCGUUCAAGGGCAAAUACAGACGCUUGCUACGAACGCUCAGCAGAUCACACAGGAGGUGCAACAAGGCCAGCAGCAGUUCAACCAGUUUACUGACGGACAGCAGCUGUAUCAGAUCCAGCAGGUCACCAUGCCGGCGGGACAGGAGCUGACUCAGCCCAUGUUCAUCCAGUCCACCAAUCAGACUGCAGACGGCCAGGUGACCACACAGGUCAGCGCAGACUGAGUCCCUGCCCCCCCUCCCUCCAGGUCCUCACGGCCCCCCCGUGUGACGAGGCGAGGGGUGUGUCCUGUCCCCCCUCGCCCUUCUCCAACGCAAUGCCCACGAUGCCCCUUACAUCCAGGAAUGGGGGAGGGGGUGGGCCACUACGCCCGACCCACCCUCAUACUAGCCCUCCUGUACCGUCACCCCAGCCCCAUACACAUCCAGAAGCCCGCCACCAUCGUCCUCUCCGGUUCCUCCGCUCCUCUGUACAAAAGCCGCUCUUCGAGAGCUGACCCCAGGGUCUAAGCCUGCCGUCAGCCUCCUGGCUUCUCGUCCUCUCCCGUCUCCUUCCGGUGGGAGUCUGGAGAGGUGCCGAUGGCUGAAAAGCAGCCUAACCUUUUCAGCUCUAAGACCCUGCCGACUUCUACUGUAGGUCCGACCUGCUGUGGAGUGUCCUGACUUUGAUCUCUAACACCUAGUCCGGCCUUUCUCAGACGCGGGCUCUCUUUCUUACACUUCCUUCAUCUCUCUUUUUCGCUUCCUUUCUCUCACUCUCCUUUAUGUUCUAGAACAGUCUUGUGUUUGUGUCCUAAUUUCUUCAUAUCUAUCUGACUGACUUGCUUUUUUCUCUCUCUCGUUUCCCCUUGUUUUCGUUAAGUGACCCUGAGCUCGGCCUCAUCACUUGGCAUCUUGCUCUGUGAUGUGUCUGGUGUCCUAAUGAACAGGGCUUCCAGGCGAUCUCCUCCAUCUUUGAGCUAAGGAGACCUUGCUGUCCGUUUUGGACCGAGAGGAGAAUCAUGACAUGUCAUGUGUAGCCUAACACCAUUUCAGAAGUAAUAAAAACAAUAAACUAAGCCAUAGACUACACUGACACACGCACACACACAGUCAAAUACACACACACACACACACACAGUCAAAUACACAUACACAUACACAUACACACACACACACAACACACACAUCACUGUACAGUAACAUGAUAAUACAAACUCGAAACCGCUGGAUCAGCUCCAGAAGAUGUACCUACUUUCGUUAUUUUGAUAAGUUUUCAUUUGAGAAGUGUCCAGCAUUGUGAAAUUGAUGUCAAGGGCUUUUUUUGGGGGGGGAUCUUGCACACAUUAAGCGGACCUCAAUAAUCUGUCUGUGUGUGGAGGGGAUUUUUGUGUGUUUUUUUUUUUUUUUUUUUUUUUUUUCUUGUAUUCUUGUAUUUUUUUUUUUUUUUUGUUUGUUUGUUUUCCCUUGUUGGAUAUUGUGCUGUAAAAUUGCCCCUCUCACAGUCGUGAGCAGUGUCCUCUCAUCUCUGUCCCGUCUUUUUCAGUGUUUUUGAAAGAAUUGUUCUGUGUGCGCCAGAACUGUUCUGUCCUCUCUCAUACUCAUCCUUUUCUCACCCCCUGUACAAAACUGCAUUUCUUCUGGGAGCAAGAGGCUCUUUUAUACUCCUUUUAAUACAAGACGUAAUUGUCAAGUAGAUUUUUAAAGAUGAAUGCCCUUUCGUUUUUCACUUGAGGUAUUAUUAUUAUUAUUAUUAUUAUUAUUAUUACUAUUAUUAUUAUUAUUAUUAUUGUUGUUAUUGCCUACAUUCAUUGUUGGUCUUACUAUUGAUAUUUUGCAUGUAGUUACAACUGCCAGCAUGAUAUGCAACUAGGUACAAUUUUUAUUUUUGUUUUUAUUUUGUUUUGUUUUUGUAAACAAACUUUGAAAUGUGGGAAAAUAAAAAAAUGAAACCUAAA